GGCAACGCCGGAUGAUCAAUCUUGCCCGGACGCGAAUGUAAUGCGCAGUGACAACAUCGACCGGAUCGCCCCCAGUCUGCACAUGCGCAGUGACAACAUCGACCGGAUCGCCCCAAGUCUGCACAUGCGCAGUGACAACAUCGACCGGAUCGCAACAAGUCUACACACGCGCAGUGACACAGCGACCGGAUCGCCACAAGUCUGCACAUGCGCAGUGACAACAUCGACCGGAUCGCCCCAAGUCUGCACAUGCGCAGUGACAACAUCGACCGGAUCGCACCAAGUCUGCACACGCGCAGUGACAACAUCAACCGGAUCGCCCAAAGUCUGCACAUGUGCAGUGACAACAUUGACCGGAUCGCCCCUAGUCUGCACAUGCGCAGUGACACAAACACCACCCAGUCGGCCGAACGCCGCAGUUUUCAGUUUCCGGAACAACGAAAACGUGUCCCACUCGGAGGUAAAAUUGUGCAGUACCUAAUACAGACUCAACUCGACGUUCCUGUACGAAGUAUCCAGUUCGAUCCCCUCGAUAUCCGGUCUGCGCGACACGGGGUCAACUCCCGCUGGGUCGUCGAAUUUUGUACUAUAGCGGAUAUGGCAAAAGCUAUACAGCCGGGACUUCAAGUGGGCAUGGACCGGCUGGUGUUCUACCCGCAUGAUGACGUCACUACACGCGAAAUCGCUGCCUAUAGAAACUACAUGGAGGUUGUUAACGCUCAUGCAGUGAUAGCGGCGUCUGCUGAUAACGCAGUGCGCGGGAAACUUAAAAACGCAGUUUCCAGCGGUCGACGUCACUCACGACCUUAAAGAUACUAUGAAGAUACGAGCUAAUUGGAAUUGACUUUGAAAUCAUGUCAUUAUGCUAAUUUGUGUCGUUUGGUAUAUGUACCAUAGCAUGUACCAAUAAUGACUCGAUUUUUUGAGUCAGGUUAAGAUUCAAGAGGGAUAAUUUCAUUACCGUCAUUUUAAUUCAACCAUCCACAUACAUUAAGGUACAUAUACGCUUCCUUUUUUUAGUUUCAGUUUUUGUUUGUUUUAAAUACUGUGAAUAUAAUACAUGUAUUGAUAAUAAUAA